CCGCGGGAACCGGGUGAAGUUCAUGUCGCGCCUGCCUUUCUACCGGCACCACGGCUUCACGCGCACAAUUCGACUCGUGCAACAUGAGUGACGUGCGGACUGGCGUCGGCUUUGCCGUCUUGGCGUACCUCCUCUGGGGCUUCCAGCCCAUCUACUGGAAGCAGCUCCUCGCGAUCGACUCGUACCAGCUAGUCUUGCACCGCGUGGUCUGGUCGUUUCCGGUGCUCGUGCUCUUCCUCAUUGCCACGGGGCAGUUCCGCGCGUGGCUCACCGCCGCGUGCACGCUCAAGACGUACAAAAUCUACUCGAUCUCGGCGCUCCUCCUCGGCGCCAACUUUUUUCUCUCGCUCUAUGCCGUCAACUCGGGCCAGAUCCUCCAAAUGAGCCUCGGGUACUUCAUCAACCCACUCUUCAGCGUCGUGCUCGGCGUCAUCUUCCUCAAGGAGCGGCUUCCAGUGCUGCAGUGGGUCGCAGUUGGCAUUGCUGCCGUCGGCGUCCUCAUUGUCACUAUUGGAUACGGUAAAUUCCCUUGGAUCUCGUUCUCGCUCGCCGCCGUCUUUGGCGUCUAUGGCCUCGUGCAAAAGAAGGCACCGCUCAACGGCCUUCAAGGCGUCUCGAUCGAGCUCAUGCUUCUCUCGGUGCCGUGCAUCAUCAUCCUCAUCGUCCUCAAUGAAGAAGGGUCCGGCGCCUUCGGUCACUCGGGCGCCAAGCUCAAUUGGCUCAUGGUCGGCUGCGGCCUCGCAACAAUCUUGCCGCAGCUCUGCUUCACGACAGCGCUCCAGACGAUUCCGCUGACGAUUCUGGGCAUCGUCCAGUUCAUUGGCCCGUCCAUCCAGACGAUUGUCGGCGCGCUUAUUUACGAUGAAGAUUUCUCGAUCACCAAGGCCGCAGGCUUUGGCUGCGUCUGGGUUGCGCUCAUUCUGUUCACGUACGCAGGCCUCCGAGCGCGCGCCGCGGCCAAGUCAGUGCCAACUGUCGAUGUCCAAGACAACCAAGCGGCAACGACCGACUACCACGGCGCCAACGACACGAGAGUGUAGACACUCUGUACCAUCAUAUAAACCGUAAACUAAUAUGCUAGUAUUCAACGUUAUGUGUGGCAUCUUGGUGCCGAGAUC